GCGAGUCUGCAAACAUGGCUGCCCAGGAUGAACUCAAUCAACUGGAACGUGUGUUCCUUCGCCUGGGUCACGCAGACACCGAUGAGCAGCUCCAGCACAUUAUCUCCAAGUUCCUACCCCCUGUGCUCCUCAAACUCUCCAGCGUCCAGGAGGGCGUGCGGAAGAAAGUGAUGGAGUUGUUGGUCCAUUUGAACAAGAGGAUCAAAAGCAGACCGAAGAUUCAGCUUCCAGUGGAAACUUUGCUGGUGCAGUACCAAGAUCCCGCAGCCGCCUCCUUUGUGACGAACUUCACCAUCAUCUACAUCAAAAUGGGCUACCCUCGUCUGGAGGUGGGAAAACAGUGCGAGCUGGCCCCCACCCUUCUCACUGCCAUGGAGGGCAAGCCUCAGCCACAGCAAGACAGCCUGAUGCACCUGCUGAUUCCCACUCUUUACCAUAUGAAGUAUCCUGCAGACACCUCAAAGAUCGUGUCUCCAUUCAACUUAUCGGAGAGGCCAAAGACUGUGCAGCUGCUGCUGGAGUUCAUGUUGGAUGUUUUACUGAUGCCUUACGGGUUCGUGCUGAAUGAAUCCCCGACUCGCCCUGCUCCAACCUCCCAGGGAAGUCCUGCAGAGGGGACGGUGGCCGCGGGUGGGCAGGGUCUCCCUCAGCCUCCACCAGGGAUGAGUGUCUUUGCUGCCAAGAGGGUAAUUGGAGAGGCCCAAUGGAACGCUGAGCAGCUAGAGCAGUGUAAACUGGGGAUAGUUAAGUUCAUGGAGGCGAAGCAAAUCCCGGAGGUGGAGACCGUAGUGCACCUGGUGGUGGCAUCGAGCGACACCCGACACGGUGUGGCCUCUGCAGCUGAUCUGGAGCUGAAGAGCAAACAGAGCCUCGUCGAUUGGAACAAUCCUCUAAUUAUCAACAAGAUGUACAAGGUGUAUCUAGGGGACGUUCCUCUUAAAUCCAAGGGAGGCAAUGUGAAGCAAGAGUUGAAACACGAGUCAGUGAGCACCAGAGUCAAGAUGAAGAUACUGCCACAUCUUCUGCGCUCCCGCCUCGCCGCAGAGUGCUUUCCAGCUAACAUCCAGGUUGUGUAUGAUGGUCUGUUUGGAGCAAACACCAACAACAAACUUCUGUUUCUCACCUUGCAGUUUGUCCAUCACAUCUGCAUGGUUUGUCCUGACACUAAUAAACCUUUGGGACUAAUGCUGCUUAACGGUCUCACCAAGCUCAUCAAUGAAUACAAAGAGGAUCCCAAGCUACUAUGCCUUGCCUACUCUGCUGUUGGAAAGCUGUCAAGCCGCAUGCCGCAGCUGUUCACAAAGGAUAUUGCACUUGUGCAGCAGUUUUUUGAGUCCAUGUGCAAGGCGGAGUCUGAUGUCCGUCUUGCCAUUCAGGAAGCUUUGUCCAUGAUGGUUGGUGCUUAUGCCAACCUGCAGGGGGCCCUGCUGAACCUAAUGGAGGCCCUGGUGGCUGCAUAUAUUGGAAAGCCAGAGGUGCAGGUUCGCCAGGUGGCCAUGAAGUUUGCCAGUAUAGUGUUUGCUCCUGAUCACGUGCCCUCAAGAUACCUGCUGCUACUGGCAGCCGGAGACCCGAGGGAGGAGGUGUCCGCGGAGGCCCAGAAGGUGCUGAGAGUUUUUCCGAACAAGAACUCUGAGAAGGAGGCGCCAAAGCGAAUGCCCUCCUUUCCGGACAUGGUGGCCUAUGUCCAGGAGAAGGCGGCUCAGAGGAUCAAGACUCCAGCUAAACACGUUGUUGGAACCUACACUAUUCCUUUCAACCCGUCUGAGUUUGGGGAGAUCGUGCUCUACCUGAGGAUGUGCUUAGCCCACAGCGCCGGGGUGACGCCCAUGUCGGCACGUCCGACCGACAUGCAGGACGAUGCGCCGGCCGUCGGUCGGUACAUUCGCACGCUGCUGACCUCUGAGCCUCAGUCAAAGGGCUCGGAGGCGAACCCUGUGCACGUCUACAUGGACCUGCUGCAGCAGCUGCUGUCUGCUAUCGGGGGAAUACCAGUCAUGUACUGUCUCCUGGAGGUGGUGUCUGUCAGCCCAGAGAUACUGGCUCCCAAAUUUAUUGAUAAAAUUGACUGGAUUAAAAGUCUGAUGAACACAAACAAGGAGGACUUGAGGGAGCUCGCAGCCCAGCUGUAUGCUGUGGUGGUCUCCUCCAUGACUGGCAACGAGCUGCAAGCGGCUGUGCAGAACCUGCUCAAAAUCACCAAGGACAAACACAGUCCUGAGACUCAGCACGGUGCUAUCAUUGCUCUCGGCUACAUGGUGGGGAGGUACAUGAGCAAGAAAAAAUCUGCCGCCUCUGAGGACUCUACGCACGGCAUGGAGCAGCAAAUGAGUAUCACCUCCCAAGGAGAUGAUGAACUUGUUGCCAUGGCCACCAAGUCAAUUGGUUCCUUCCUGGACAGCAGCAGUUCGCUGCUGGCUGUGGCAGCGUGCACAGCUCUGGGAGAAAUUGGCCGAAACGGCCCCCUCCUGAUCCCUGCCGAUGGGGAGGGCUUCACCAAACUGUCGGCCACAGAAAACCUGCUUGCUCGCAUCCCCUCUGGCAAGGAGAGCAUAAAGAUGAAGGAGCGAUCGAUCCAGACCUUGGGUUACCUACCUGUGGGAGACGGAGACUUCCCUCACCAGAAGAAGCUGUUGCAGGGUCUCAUGGACUCUGUGGAGGCCAAACAGGUGGACCUGCAGUUUACAGUCGGAGAGGCGAUAAGCUGUGUCGCCAUAGGCACCAGCUCCGGAGCUGCCAGAGACCCGUGGACCUGCACCGAGGACCAGUACAGACCGCCACAGAAUGUGAAAAAUAACGACGUGGUUCCCUGGGUCCUCAAGACCAUCCUGGCCAGGUAUAUACCCAGCCAGAACCCCCAUGUCCGACAGGCGGCCUGCAUAUGGCUGCUGUCUCUGGUCAAAAAACUCGGCCAACACAAGGAAAUCACGUCCCAUCUGAAGGAGAUUCAGGUGGCGUUCAUCUCUGUUCUCUCGGACCCCGACGAGAUGAGUCAGGAUGUGGCGUCUAAAGGCCUGGGCCUCGUCUAUGAGAUGGGAGGAGAGGUUGACCAGCAAGAGCUGGUGUCCACCCUGGUGGAAACGCUCAUGACUGGCAAAAGAGUGAAACAUGCUGUUUCAGAAGACACUGAGGUGUUCCAAGGAGAAGGGUUGGGGAAAACUCCGGAUGGUCACGGCCUGACUACGUACAAGGAGCUCUGCUCGCUGGCCAGCGACCUGAACCAGCCGGAUCUGGUCUACAAGUUCAUGAACCUGGCCAAUCAUCAUGCCAUGUGGAACUCCCGCAAGGGGGCAGCGUUUGGUUUCCACAUGAUCGCGUCCAAGGCCGGGGAGCAGCUGGCCCCGUUCCUGCCCCAGAUUGUGCCCCGACUGUACCGCUACCAGUUUGACCCCAACCUGAGCAUUCGCCAGGCUAUGACCAGCAUCUGGGACGCCUUGGUCACUGAUAAGACCACGGUAGAUAAGUAUCUGAAGGAGAUCUUGGAGGAUGUCAUUUCCAACUUGACCAAUAACACCUGGAGAGUUCGCGAGUCCAGCUGUCUCGCCCUGAAUGACCUGAUUCGUGGCCGCCAAACUGACGACCUCAUCGAUCACCUGGCAGAAAUGUGGGAGACACUGUUCAGAGUCCUUGACGACAUCAAGGAGUCUGUGAGGAAAGCAGCAGACCUGACGCUGAAGACACUGAGCAAGGUUUGCACCUGCAUGUGCGAAUCCACAGGUUCGGCGGCCCAGAGAACUGUGGCGGUGCUGUUGCCCACGCUGCUGGAAAAGGGCAUCGUCAGCAAUGUCUCGGAGGUCCGCUCCCUCAGUAUCCAGACCCUGGUCAAGGUCAGUAAGACGGCGGGUGCCCGACUAAAGCCUCACGCCUCUCGGUUGAUCCCGGCCCUGCUCGAGGCCCUUAGCACCCUGGAGCCUCAGGUCCUCAACUACCUCAGUCUCAGAGCCAUAGAGCAGGAGAAGGUAAGCUCAGCUAAUUUUAUUUAUUUUAUUUUAUUUGUUGUCUUUCUACGAAUUGUGUUCUUUCUUCUUCUCCAGAGUGCCAUGGAUGCCGCCAGGCUGAGUGCCGCCAAGUCCUCUCCGAUGAUGGAGACCGUUAACAUGUGUCUGCAGCACCUCGACGUUUCCGUGCUGGGCGAUCUGAUUCCCAGGCUCUGUGAACUGCUCAAGAGCGGAGUCGGCUUGGGCACCAAGGGAGGCUGUGCCAGUGUAAUUGUCUCGCUCACAGUGCAGUGCCCCCAGGACCUCACCCCCUACUCGGGUAAACUGAUGAGUGCCUUGCUGAAUGGCAUUCUAGACAGAAGCACUGUCGUGCAGAAAGCCUUUGCCUUUGCUUUGGGACACCUGGUCAGGACGGCGAAAGACAGCAGCGUAGAGAAGCUUCUCCUGAAGCUCAACGGCUGGUACUUGGAGAAGGAAGAGCUGGUGUACAAGUCGUCAAGCGUGUUGACCGUGCACGCCAUCAGCCACUACAGCCCUGACGUGCUGAAGGGCCACGCAGUGGUCGCUCUGCCGCUGGCCUUCCUGGGAAUGCACCAGGCGCCCGGGCCCGACGAGGAGAAAGGCGAGGGCCACGACGCGGCGCUGUGGGCCGAGGUGUGGCAGGACAACGUCCCAGGGAGCUUUGGGGGCAUCAGGCUCUACAUGACGGAGCUGAUCGCCAUCACGCAGAAGGCACUGCAGUCCCAGUCCUGGAAGAUGAAGGCUCAGGGUGCAGCUGCCAUGGCAACUGUUGCCAAGGAACAGACGGGCUCGUUGGUGGCGCCGCACCUCGGUAUGGUGCUAACGGCUUUAAUGCAGGGGCUGUCCGGACGCACGUGGGCUGGCAAGGAGGAGCUACUGAAAGCCAUUGGAUCAGUCGUCUCCAAAUGCAGCACGGAGCUGAAGAAGCCCUGCGCGGGCCAGCCCACCAUCGCCGAGGUGCUGGAGGUCGUGUUGAAGGAAUGCCGUAAGGAGAGUCUGGUGUACAAGCUGGACGCUCUGCGCUGUGCCGGGGACGUGCUCCACAGCAGCCAGGAGGACCGUUUCAGCGACAUGGUCGAGAUCCUGUUCCCCCUCAUCAAAAAGCACUGCCCAGAGAGCGGCGGCGCCUCAAAGAGGUCGCUGGAGGACGACGACCGAGACGUGAAGGAGCUGCAGACGGAGGCCCUGCUCUGCGCUUUCGAGACUCUUGGGAAGGCCUGGCCCCGAAACCCGCAGACUCAGGCUCAUUUCCAGGUGGCCGUCUGCAGCCUAAUGUGCGAGAAGCUGAAGCUGAGCACCUGGAGGGUCCAGCUCGCUGUGCUGCAGUCCAUGAAGGCGUACUUCAAGGGGUUGCUGCUGCUCGAGAAGGGCGGCGAGGACUUGGCCGCGUUGUCGCCGAUCAUCGCGGAGGCCUGCGCCGCUCUCACUCACCCCUUAGAAAACAAAAGUUUCUCCUCCGUGAGGACAGAGGCCUUGUCGGUGGUGGAGCUGAUCGUAAAGAGAACCGGAGAGAGCGAGCAGUGGGACUGCGUGUCCGCGCAGAGCCGCGAGCAGCUGCAGCGCUCGCUGGCAACGCUGCAGGCCGACAGCAGACCUGACCUGAAGGACAAGGCCCAGGAGCUGCGCAGGCACAUCCAGAGCCAACCCUGAGCGUGCACACACACACACACACACACACACACACACACACACAGAGCUCACCAUGCCAGCCAAAUACUCUCCGUUAUAAACGAAAGGAUACAACCAAAUAGAGCAUCAACUCUUUUUUUGUUUUUUAUUUCAUUAUCAGUCAAACAAAAAGCAUCGCAAAUUCUGUCCAGUGUCUUUUGAUGCAGUUAUCUUCUUAUAAAACCGAUCUGCACUAAACCUCACAGGUCAUUGCAUUGCUUCUCCAUAUAACCCUGUGAGCUGCUCCGCUCACGCUGACACACACACACUGAUUUCACGUCCGUGGCGUGUCGAUUUUUAUUUGGUUUGUUUAAAUGGACUAACAUAAUGAAAAUAAAUGCUAUAUAAACUGAUGUGUUGGGUUUGUGGACACUGUAUAUCUAAAGCCCCAAAUCGGGGACUUUUACUACUGUUGAGGGUUUGUCACUUAUUAAAUAUCAGAACAGCCGGUUGUCGGGUUCGGCCACAGAGGAAGAGCGGCGUCCCCGAGGUCUCGCUGUCCAGCUCCUGUGAGCAAGACAACAGGCCCGUCUCGUGAGGGCCAAGAAAAGAAAAAACUGUUCUGUUGAAAGUGAUGCUAUAGUUGUUUGAAUUUGUCUCCGAUUAAAAAAAAUAAAAAUACCAUUACAAUUUUCA